GCCGGUCCAGCCCCGCCCCGGGGCCGCCUCCUCGCGGGUUCCGUUGGCUGUGGCGGCCGCUGAGGCUGUGGCGGCGGUAGCCGCGGGGCGGGCGUAAGAUGGCGACAACGGCGGCGGGAGCCCUGGGCCUGCUGUGGGGCUGGCUGUGGAGCGAACGCUUCUGGCUGCCUCAGAACGUGAGCUGGGCCGACCUUGAGGGGCCGGGCGACGGCUACGGCUACCCCCGGGCGCAGCACAUCCUCUCGGUGUUCCCGGUGGCGGCGGGCAUAUUCUCCGUGCGGCUGCUCUUCGAGCGGUUUAUUGCCAAACCCUGUGCACUCCAUGUUGGCAUCCAGGACAGUGGUCCCUAUCAGGCCCAACCCAAUGCCAUCCUUGAAAAGGUGUUCGUAUCUAUUACCAAGUAUCCUGAUGAGAAGAGGCUGGAGGGCCUGUCAAAGCAACUGGACUGGGAUGUCCGAAAGAUCCAAUGCUGGUUUCGUCAUCGGAGGAAUCAGGACAAGCCUCCAACGCUCACUAAAUUCUGUGAAAGCAUGUGGAGAUUCACUUUCUAUUUAUGUAUAUUCUGCUACGGAAUUAAAUUUCUGUGGUCGUCACCGUGGUUCUGGGACAUCCGACAGUGCUGGCGUAGCUAUCCAUAUCAGCCUCUCACAAGUGGGCUUUAUUACUAUUAUAUCAUGGAAUUGGCCUUCUACUGGUCUCUUAUGUUUUCUCAGUUUACAGACAUUAAACGAAAGGACUUCCUGAUCAUGUUUGUGCAUCACUUGGCCACCAUUGGGCUUAUCACCUUCUCCUACAUCAACAACAUGGUUCGGGUGGGAACUCUGGUCAUGUGUUUACAUGAUGCCUCAGACUUCUUGCUGGAGGCAGCCAAACUGGCCAAUUAUGCCAAAUACCAGCGUCUCUGUGACACCCUUUUUGUGAUCUUCAGUGCAGUUUUUGUGGUCACUCGUCUAGGAAUCUACCCAUUCUGGAUUCUGAACACGACCUUCUUUGAGAGUUGGGAGAUGAUCGGGCCUUAUCCCUCCUGGUGGCUCUUCAAUGGCCUUCUCCUGAUCCUGCAGGUUCUACAUGUCAUCUGGUCCUACCUAAUUGUGCGAAUUGCUUUCAAAGCUUUGAUCCGAGGAAAGCAGGGGGAAUGGCAUCCCACCCAGGUGUCUAAGGAUGACCGCAGUGACGUGGAAAGCAGCUCAGAGGAGGAAGACGUGACCACCAACCCCAAGAGCGCCUGCGGCAGUGGCCCCAGCAAUGGCGCCAACCGGGUGAACGGUCACCCGGGGAGAAGCUACUGGGCUGAGGAGUGAGGCGGUCGGUGCAGGGCCACGGCACACAUGGACUCAUAGGGCCACUGGCAGCCUCCUCCUCUUGGGCCGCCCCGCAUCCACACGCUUGUGACUGGGGGUCUGCAGGGCGCUGAGGAGAAUCAAAGAAGCAAAUAUUUUCACUUUUUUUAAGAAAACUCUGCCAUUUUGUAUUUAAUAGCCUCCAGGUUCUUUCAGUAAUGUUAUUUGCUUCUGUGUGUGUGUGUGUGCGCGCGCGUGUGCAUAUGCGUUUGUGCAUGUGCAUGGGUUUCGUUUCCUGAGUUGGGGCACAAUUCUAGACUGGGGCCCCUAGGCCUUGUGUCCCUUUUGAACCCACCUCAACCCCAGAUUUGGCUGCGCCUUGAAUAAUGCUGGCUCUGGACUGUCCCCUCCCUCGUGGUCCAUGGCUCCCGAAGCUCAGGCCAUCUGAACAGAACAGUAAAGUUCAGCUCCAGGUUUCUGCACUGUUCCUCCUCGGAGCUGGACUAUUUCACAUGAAGUUGUACAGAAACAGACAACCAUGGACGGGAUGACCAAGAUUUCUGUGGCCCCUAGCUAGAUUCCCUUCCUGCCACCUGGUGAUUACAGGGACAGCUGCUGAUUCCCUGCUCUUUACUAAAUGGUACGCAGGGAGUUGGGGGGGGGGGUGGCAGAGGGUGCGCUGAGGGCCAGAGGAAGACAACAGCCACUGGGUGAACCGUUGACGGUUUAUACUAUUGUUUACUCUUCUGUGAUUAAAAGUGCUUCCACCCUUCUCUGCCA